ACACCUGCAUGGUCUCGAUUCUCAUUCAGAUAAAGCUCGCAUUUUGCUAAGGGCACCCAAAUAAAUUGCCCCACAAGAGAGCCUCUCAGCGUCGAGACCUCGAAAGAAAGACAAGAAAGCAAAAAACAUGGACUCUAUCAACUCCUUCAAGGGCUACGGUAAGGUAGACGAGGUCGAACAGCAAGCCUUCCGGCGAAAGGCCCGUAAGCGUCUGCUCAUCCUUGUUGUAUCCUCCGUCGUUCUUGUCGCUGUCAUCGUAGGUGCUGUUGUCGGAACUGUUUUACACAAAAGAAACAGUGGUUCAUCCCCUUCCUCUACCGUCCCUACUGAGCUCACUCCGGCCGCUUCACUCAAAGCAGUUUGCAGUGUCACUCAGUAUCCUCCAUCUUGCGUCUCUAGCAUCUCUUCUCUUGAUUCAGCUAAUACUAGUGACCCAGAAGUGCUCUUUAAGCUUUCUUUACGUGUCGCCAUCGACGAACUCUCCAAACUCAAGGACUACCCUUCUAAGCUCAUUGAAAGUACCAAUAAUACUGUGGUGAAGGAUGCUUUGCGGGUUUGUGAAUCCGUGUUUGAUGAUGCUGUGGAUCGGCUCAAUGACUCGAUUUCUUCCAUGGCGGUUGGAGAAGGAGAAACGAUAUUAUCGACUUCUAAGAUUAAUGACAUGAAAACAUGGCUUAGUACCACCAUCACUGAUCAAGAAACCUGUUUAGAUGCUCUGCAAGAACUAAACACUACAAAGAAUUUCAACAGUAAACUUCUUGAAGAAGUGAGGACAGCAAUGGAGAAUUCAACCGAGUUCGCAAGUAAUAGUUUGGCCAUUGUUGCUAAAAUCCUAGGUUUAUUGUCAGAUUUUAACAUCCCAAUUCACAGAAAAUUAUUGGGGUUCGAAGGAACAAACUCAGGGUUUCCUGGUUGGGUUAGUUUGGGAGAUAGGAGGCUGCUCCAGGAGUCGAAGCCAGCGCCAAAUGCGACGGUAGCCAAGGACGGAACUGGGGAUUACAAGAUGAUUGGAGAAGCUGUGGCAAAAAUUCCAAAGAAGAGCCCAUAUAAAUUCAUCAUAUAUGUGAAGGAAGGAACAUACAUAGAGAAUGUGAUUUUGGAUAAGCACAAGUGGAAUGUGAUGAUAUAUGGGGAUGGGAAGGACAAGACUAUCAUUUCUGGAAGCAAGAAUUUUGUGGAUGGGACACCCACAUUCUUAACAGCCACUUUUGCUGUUGCCGGCAAGGGCUUCAUGGCCAGAGAUAUAAAGUUCAUCAACACGGCAGGGGCAGCAAAGCAUCAAGCAGUGGCCUUCAGGUCUGGUUCAGACAUGUCUGUUUAUUACCAAUGUGCAUUUGAUGCAUUUCAGGACACACUCUAUGCUCACUCCAACCGGCAGUUCUACCGGGACUGUGACAUUACCGGUACAAUUGACUUCAUUUUCGGCAAUGCGGCUGUCGUUUUCCAGAAUUGCAACAUCCAGCCCAGGCAACCUUUACCAAACCAAUUCAACACCAUCACAGCUCAGGGGAAAAAAGACCCUAACCAAAACACUGGAAUCUCAAUUCAGAAGUGCACAUUUUCUGCAUAUGGUUCCAAUCUUACAGCCCCAACAUACCUUGGCAGGCCUUGGAAAGAUUUUUCCACUACUGUUAUUAUGCAGUCUGAAAUUGGCUCAUUCUUGAAGCCAAUGGGCUGGAUGUCAUGGGUAAGUGGUGUUGAUCCACCAGGCACAAUAUUCUAUGGAGAAUACAUGAACACAGGGCCUGGGUCAGCUGUAGAUCAAAGGGUUAAGUGGGUAGGUUACAGGCCUGCUCUCACAGAAGCUGAGGCUGGAAAAUUCAGUGUAGGAUCGUUUAUUCAAGGGCCUGAGUGGCUGCCUGCAACCACUGUGACGUUUGAUUCCAACCUAUGAUCUGAAAAUUGGGUCAAGUUUGGGAAACUAUAAAUUGUCUAGAAGAAGAAGAUUGUAUUUUUAAUUUUCUAUUUCUUUAUAUACAUUAGAAGAGGAAUUUGUUUCUAGUGUUCA